AUGGCACCGAUCAUAAAUCCCCAGGAGAGCCUCCAGUCCUACCGCCGUCGUCUGGAUGGCGUGGCUAUCUCAACGUACAUCCUAAUCAUGCUACUCGUCCCCCUUAAGGUCUACUGCCGGAAGCGACACGGGGGAUGGCGUAAUGUUCAGAUGGACGACUAUAUGUCUAUGGUAGCACUGGCCGUGGCUAACGGUUUCUUCUACGUGUGCAUCAUUGGUAUGCGAGAGUCAUUAGGACUACACAUGUAUGAAAUCACCAACCCGCUACAAGCCAUCGCCUUCCUUCGGAACAUCUACAUCGGCCAAAUCCUUUAUACGUUGAGCAUCACAACUAUCAAGCUUUCCGUUUUAGCAUUCUACUGGCGGCUGUUUGAGAUCAAAUCCCGGAAGUUCAUAUAUGUUGUUACUGCAGCGUCAAUCGCAUGGUGUAUCGCUAUUCUAGGCUGCGUAAUCUUCAACUGCUACCCCAUACAGGCCGCCUGGGACAUCACUAUCACAAACGGGAAAUGCAUUCAGACCCGCGACAUUUACCUCGGCGGUUCGGUGCCCAAUGUGUUCCUCGACUUCAUCAUCGUCGGCAUGCCUCUUCCGCACGUCUGGCGCCUGCACGCACCGAUUGCUCAACGCAUCGUUCUAGCGGGCAUGUUCGCCCUUGGCACCUUCAUCGCCAUCGUCUCGCUCGUACGGUUGAUCAUAUUCCUGCAGAUCCCCAUCUCGGGUCAAGUCGACCCCACCUACAACUUCCGCGAGAUCAUCGUAUGGUCUAUUGUUGAAGUCAACGUCGGUCUCACAUGUGCUUGUUUGCCUAGUCUGAAACCCGCUUUCAGAUGGAUCGGCCUUGAUAGACUCUUUUCUUUUGCUUCUUCCCGCCCCUCGGAUAUGCAGUCGCCUGGACCGAGCUCGCAUGGAGCUAUAGACGACUUUGGGUCAAACCUGAAGAACUCUGGGAGGCCGAGGAAGAAGGGCGCUACUGGAGGCUUGUUCUCGACACUGGCGGGCAUUAGUCGAGUUGAGGAUGAGGAGGAGUUCAAGUUUGUUGAUGACGAUAGGCAGGGGAAGCAUAACGUUGAGAUUGAGAUGGGCAGGAGGGCAAGCGAUGACAGUGCACAGAGGACUGCGACAGGAGGAAUUAGUGUGCAAAAGAACUGGAGUGUGCUUGUCGAUGAGAGAAGGGCAGAUCGAGAUCGGUAG